GAAAAGAUGCUGCGAAGGAGCAGCAGCGGCGGAGAGAGCGCGAACGACGCGACAGGCACCCUGGUCAUCACAGGAGGAGGAGGAGGAAAAAGAGGGAAGAAGAAAACGACGAAAAACGUAUUAAUUCUUAUUCUCCUCCUCUUCGCGACGACGGUAUUCGCGACGUUCUUCCACGGCCACCGGAGAGUCGGGGAAGCGUUUGACUUCUCCGAGACGAUUCGGACGACUUCCCCGGAGGGUGCGCGUCGAGACAGAGCGAGAAACGCGGCGAGUACCAAAGAAGACGCUUCUUCGUCUUCUUCGUUUGCCGUUGGAGGAUACAGAGGAGGAGGAGGAAGAGGUGCGAAAGAAACAUCAUCCGAAAACGAAGACGAGGCAAAGACAACUUUUGCAGCAGAACGACAGAGAGAAAAAAACCGGGCUUUGGAUAAAGAGACGGAAGAAUACAUCGCCCGAGAGCAGAAGCGAUUAUCGAGUCCACCAUUGCCUAUCGCGAGCAGUAGCAGUAGCAGUAGCAGUAGACGACGGAACAGAAGGAGUGGGCAAACGCAACAAGGAGAGUUUACGUUGGAACACGUCGGUCCGAAAGGUACGAGCGAAGUGCGCCCGAACGGCCGGUGCGUGUCCUCGGGAGGCGAUGAUAAGGAAAGGAAGGUUUGGCACCGAUUGGAAUCCGUAGACGAUCCGUUGUUUGUACGAGUCACUGGUGCGUAUUACGAUCCCGCCAGAUCUAGAAAUAAACCGAAAACAAGGAGUUUAAUUAUGCACAGAUCGAUGUUUGAACCGGGAGUAAGGGUGGUGAAGAUUGAUAGGAACGGCGAGAGAGUGGAACCGGGAAGUCACAGCGGCGGAGAAGAGAUCGACGAUGGAAUAGAAAACAACCCUUCGCUGAUGAAUAAGAGAAGCGGGAACAGUUGGCAAGACGAAAUGACCAGACGCGUGGGGACGUCAGAGGACGAAGAGAUUAUUUUAGAUUUUAGAGGCGAUUUAGUCGAGCAGCUCCCGAGAGAGGACGAGGAUCAUAAAGAGUUUAGUUUUGGAACGUGCGCGAUUGUGGGAAACUCGGGAGCAAUAUUAGGGAAAGGAUACGGUGAAGAAAUCGAUGGGAAAGACGCGGUUUGGAGGGUGAAUUACGCGCCGAUAGAUGGAUUUGAAAAGGACGUCGGGUAUAGGACGACGUUUGACUUGAUCAAUCAGCAGCACACGAAACGAUUCGUUCGCGGCGAUGGCGAGUACAGCGAAGAGGAUGAAGACGACGCGAACAGUGAUGCAUCUGGUCAAGCAGAAGAGAUUACGGAAGCGGACGAGUCAAAACCGAAAGUAGUUUUGAAAAAUGGUCGCGGAGCGAAGCACGCUUCCAAGAGAAACUCUACGCUCAUGGUUUUUGAAGUGACAUCAAACUACGCCAGGAAACACUUAUACGCCAGACUUAUGCGUCAAAGAACGAAUAAAGGGUUGAAGAUAUGGUCCCCCGAACUAGUCGUGCACACGCAGCGAUCCUGGGACGUCUUGUCGCACUUGACGGCGCAAAAAAUGGGCACGAGUAAAACCGGGAAAGCUAUGUCUGGAGCGUACGCCGUUAUUUUAGCCUCCCAAAUUUGCGAGGAAGUGCAUUUAUACGGAUUUAGCCCUUAUAAGAGACGAGAUAUUGGACAGGCUGUUCCGUAUCAUUAUUUCGACGAAAUACCUGCAGUUUUAAAACACCACUCUUUCGAUCUAGCUAUUGAGGUGUUUAAAACGAUUCGAGAUUGGCCAUGUUCAGGCGUCCGAUUAGAAAUACAUCCGUAA